AUGCAGGGCGCUGCGUUUGCCCUAUCUCCGGCGGGCAACGGCAUCCUCCAUGGCCGGAGCUCCCGGCGAGGAUGCGGGAGACAUAGCUCGGGAUUUGGCGCCGUUGCGCUCUCGCAGGCGUCCAGGACGGGCCACCUCGCGCCGAUCUAUGGCCUGCAUCGCCCUGGAUCGUUUCCGGCUCCGCUGCGCCAUUCCUCUCCCUCUGGCCUUGGAAGUUGGCUCCCGAAUCAGCCCCUCGUGUUCGACGGCAGGCGGGAGGAGGUCAAAGUCAGGGCCAGCUCGGUGCCGGAGAGCGCCGGGGAGGGGAGCCCCUCGCCGACUGAGGCGAAGCCUGCUGGCGAAGGUCUUCUGCAGACGUUGCAGCUCGGGGGACUAUUCGGUCUCUGGUAUCUGUUCAACAUCUACUUCAACAUCUUCAACAAGCAGGUUCUCGUUUUCUCUUGCUUUAUUUCCUAUGUUCCUUUGUUUUUUGAUUUUUGGAUACUUCUGGAGCUUUGCUUCAGUUUUACGUCUGAUCUGGAGGAUAAUAUAUUUCCGCUUUUUUAUCGUGGUCUUAAAUUUCAGGUUGUCUCUAGAUCUAUACAUGCAUUCCGGUUCUUGGUGACUUGUAUUCAGCAUUACAUUUUUUUGACAAUCAUUUAAUCUUUGUUUGCUGCGUCAUUAAUCGAAAGUUUCACUGAUCUACACCUCUGUGAAAUUUUAAGCUGAACGCUAGUUCGCUGGAUACAUUAGCUUACUAAUACAUUUCUACUAUGUUACCUUCCCCCUUGCCUUUUUUUUUGGAAUUGUACAAGAAGUAAGACGAUACUCUCAAUUUUAGGGGCAUUUCGAUUAUUUAUCCCUAUGGUCCACAGGAAUUGUCUCCGUAGUUUUUGCUAGUACAACAGGAAAUGACGCAAAGCGUAUGUCCAUAUGGAAGAUAAUUAAUAAUAACUUUGUCUUAUUUGUGAAUAAUAUUUCUACUGUAUUUUAGGUUUUAUAAAUGUUUGAUUUGUAUAACCUUCUUUUUGUUCCAUCUUCUGGAAAUGGUGGAUUCAUUAAUUUUCUCUUUUAAGCUGUAGAGCUCUUGCCUCCGUUUUGUGUAAUGCUCUCGUACCUGGCUAGCAUAUGGCGUCAUUGAUGUUCAUUUGAUAACCAGUGUAAGAGCUUUCUGAAAACUUACUCGAAUUUUCAGGGAUUUAGAUUUUCAUAUCAUUGUUCAUUGUAAUAGGGAUAUGGCCUAAUAAAAAUGGAAUUAGUGGAAUGGUCUUCUUCGGGCCGAACUUGACCUUGGAUUCGUCAUUUUAUCGUUUAUUGGUGAAUCGUUUAGUAUGAAGAUGCGUGUUAUUUGUGUUAACUUAUGUUAAUGCAUGAAUGUCAGAGACAUAAAAUGAAAAGAAGCAAACAUAAGCAUAAUAUUACCUUCGAAUGAAGUCCUCUAGUUAUGGGGAGCAAUGGUUCUGCUUAAAAUUUUACACACUAUCCUCUACGCACGUCUGCCAUGAUGUGUUCUUGUGAAGAAGUUAUUGCAGCUGAUCUUUAAGUCUUUAUCGUGGCAUAUAUAGAAAGCAAGUUGGAUCGAUUCUAUUUUUUGUUGUUGGCAGGUUCUGAAGGUAUAUCCAUAUCCAAUAACAAUUACAGCAAUACAAUUUGCUGUUGGGACUACCUUCGUUCUUUUUAUGUGGACUACCAGUCUGUUGAAGAAGCCGAAGAUCUCUUCCUCACAGGUUUGGCCUUCUGUUAAAAUGUUGUCUCUGCAUCGUUUAGCCGCCUCCUAAGAUUUCCACUUUUGAAUUUGGUGCCUCCUUCUCAGGUUGUGGCAAUCCUGCCACUGGCUAUUGUCCACACGAUGGGAAAUCUUUUCACAAAUAUGAGUCUUGGAAAAGUGGCUGUUUCUUUCACACACACAAUUAAAGCCAUGGAACCAUUCUUCUCAGUUAUCCUGUCAGCGAUGUUCCUCGGGGAGGUGUGUACUUGUACAUUUCAUUAUCCAUAUUUCUAUCUGCGCUUAGCAUACAUUCUGCACUAAAGCUCGGCAAGCAAAAUUGAACUCUUAUUGUCGAUUGGGUUCCAAUGUUUUAAAACAUGGGGUUAUACUCUUUCCUACUCCGCAUUUGUGGGUGAGGGUCACGCUCUCUGACAAGUGAGGUAUCCACUAAGAAUUGUGAAAAGCUUUCCUGCCACGUGGAAAUGCACGUUCAGCUUCUUCUGGCUCUUCUCAGGUUCAUAGAAUUUAGGAGCAUCAGAACCUGGGCGUACUCAAUUCAAUUCAGAAUGAAUUGAUUCAAGAUGGUAAACAAGCCUCUUGAUAGCUAUUCUCACUUAAAAGAGGAGAGAAAAAAAACCAGAGCAUUCGAUAAUGGAAAAUAUAUUGAAUGAGUGACUGUGUAGAGCUUCACGAUGGUCUUCAUUCAAGGGUAAAUGGCAGACCUGCGGAGACUUUGCGGGUGCAGAAAUUGGUCUCCUCACUUGACUCAACUAUUUGCAGACACCAUCUCUCCUUGUUGUGCUGUCUCUCGCACCCAUUGUGGGCGGUGUGGCGCUGGCUUCUCUAACCGAAGUUUCUUUUAACUGGUAAGGUCUUCAAUUCUUCAUGCUAUGCCUGAAGCAUGGUUUGAGCAUAUUUCUAUCUUGCUACGAUUUCAUGUGCGAUCUUUCUCUUCCUUGCGCGCCAAACAGGGCCGGUUUUUGGAGCGCAAUGGCGUCCAACGUCACAUUCCAAUCUCGCAACGUCCUCAGUAAGAAGUUCAUGGUCAAGAAAGAGGUGAGCCCAUGGCACCCGGCUGUCGGCCUUGCUCUCUGAGGGAGCUCCUUCAUCUGCAUCAUAUGUGAUCUAAGUUGGUUUCUUUAACCCCUUUCAACAGGAAUCUCUGGACAACAUCUCUCUGUUCUCAAUAAUAACGAUUCUUUCCUGCUUCCUCUUGGCCCCCGUCGCACUCUUCGUGGAAGGCGUCAAGUUUACCCCCGCAUACUUGCAGUCUGCUGUGAGUACAUCCAAAUCUCUCUCUCUCUAUCUCUCUCUCUCUAUAUAUAUAUAUAUAUAUAUAUAUUGGAAGCGAGAACCUACCUUGUAUUAAUUAAUUUAUUCUUGUCUCCACAGGGUCUGAAUGUCAACGAGAUAUAUGUCAGGUCCCUUGUGGCCAGUCUCUGUUUCCACGCUUAUCAGCAGGUGAGUUUUCCCAUUUUCUUCCUCUGCUCCUAGUUGUGAUGAAUCUGAAGCUCCUCUCUCUCUCUCUCUCUCUCUCUAUCUAUUGAUCUCUCUUUCUCUCUCUAACGGGAUCGAUCGGUGGGGGCAGGUGUCGUACAUGAUCUUGUCGAAGGUGACGCCGGUGACCCACUCGGUGGGGAACUGCGUGAAGCGGGUGGUGGUGAUCGUGACGUCGGUGUUCUUCUUCAGGACGCCGGUGUCGCCCAUCAACUCGCUGGGGACCAGCAUCGCGCUCGCGGGGGUCUUCCUUUACUCGUGGGUGAAGAGGCUGAAGCCGAAGAAGCUCAAGUCCGCCUGA